AUGGACGAUUCUCACGAGUUUACGGCAGAUUCCUUUGUAUCAAAGUUGCUCUCAUACGGACAAUCAAGGCUCGCGACAUUGGCUGCUGACUCGUACAAUCAGCUGCACAAGUUUAUGGUCAUGGACGAACCUCAACCAGAAACUGGCAACAGGGAGGACGACAUGCUAGAUUCAAUGGCCAAUGCCGGCAAAUACAUCAUCGGAAAAAUUCGGUGCCUCAAGGCAGGAGCGGCAGAGACAACAGGGUCCAACUCACGGGCAGGGAACGGCUUCUUGGUAAUUCAAAGACGGAUCUGGGAAACACUUCUUUGUAUCCUCAUGAUGCAGCAGUCUAGCUUUAUGGAGGAAUGCGCUUCGAUGAAGGAAGGCCAUAUUCGCGAAGAUGAGGUCGCCAAGCUGACUGAGGACAUGGUAGCUAACGACCGCGGACGAUCAAUUUUCGACAAAGGUGAUAUCGUGACGGAAUUGACAGAGAAGCAGAGAAAGGAGUGGGGUAAACUUCGGCUCGGGGCGUUUGGUUCUAUGGCGAUUUAUUUUCUUUACGGCGCGGCCGGAUGGUGGCAUUGUCUCUACAACAACAGUGCUUACAAUCAGAAGGACAUUUGGUCUCUAGUCACGCUCGCUCACGCUAGACACGAAUACUUGUACACUGAUGGACGAUACACUCUUAGGGCCCCAGAGUGCACCCCCUGGUACACAACCGACAGCUUCAUCCGACAACAUCUUGAGAUGGAUUGGGACAUUGCUCCACGAACGUUCAAUAAGUGGGUCACCGAUGAGAAUAUCGCCCGAUUCGCAUUACACGAUAUCCUCAGAGAGUGCAACUUGCCCGGUCAAUCGCUCAACUUAGAUGGUAAUCCGGCUCCACCAGUCACAUUGCUUGAGGCACACGAGGAGGAAGUUCGUCAGAUUACAGAGAAGGUCAGAUCAGCUUGGGACCCAGCAGUGGCACGACAUCUAAUCUCAUUGGACGAAGCAGAUGUCAGUCCAGACGUCUCAGCAGCUAAUGCUUUGCGGGGCCUCAGCAUCGAACAAUCUCAGCCGGCUCAGGGGACUUCUGGAUCACAAAGGCCUCCAGACACCCAGCAGUCAAAGGCCCCUACACCUCCACCCAACGCCCAGCCAUCCUCCGCAGCCAACAAAGAUAAUCCAGCCCCCCCAAGUAGUGAUAGGUCUGACUCCCCCAUCCCUCGCCGAUCAAAGAAGAAGACUCCAAGGCAACCAUCAACUCCCCCAAGUGACACUCACGAGUCCUCGGUUCGCUCAGUAAAGAAUAGGGAACCAACGCCUACUCGGUACACCGACGAUGAAGAAGAGGAAGAGGAAGAGGAAGAGGAAGACGAAGACGAAGACGAAGAUGGAGAUGAAGAGGCUGAGGAGAGAAACCGCAGGAAGAAAGAAUCCAGGUUUGUGGAUGUUGUAGCUGGAGAGGAUUAG